GCCCCGCCGCCCGCGCCCGCGUACCGCCGCCCUCCCGGCAGACAGAGCCGCCGCCGCCACCGCCGUGACCGCAGUGCCUCGCUCGGGUCGAACAUGAUGCUGAUGCCCGGCGCCAGCCCGUAUUCCCUGCCGUCUGCGCUGGCGGCGACCGGCAGCCCUGCGCUGACGGACUCGCCGGGCGUCUCGCAGAAGGACACCACCUUCACCAAGAUCUUCGUCGGCGGCUUGCCCUACCACACGACCGACAAGUCGCUGCGCGAGCACUUCGAGGUGUACGGCGAGAUCGAGGAGGCCGUCGUCAUCACGGACCGGCAGUCCGGCAAGAGCCGCGGCUACGGCUUUGUAACGAUGGCGGACAAGGCAGCGGCGGAACGCGCGUGCAAGGACCCUAAUCCCAUCAUCGACGGGCGCAAGGCCAAUGUGAAUCUGGCUUACCUGGGCGCGAAGCCGCGCGGCAACCUACAGGCUGGGCUCGCCCUCGCUUCUGCCGCCGGCGUCCGCUAUCCAGCAAU